CAGAGUCUUCUGAGAGGGGAAGUUCCCUCUGGCCGCGCCGUGAUUGCACGCGCGGUGUCGCCAGGCUGAGGCAGACAUGGCCCAGACAGUGAGAUCCGAGUACGAGGGCUGCCUAUCCGUGCGAGAUGGGCAGCUUAUGAUCAACAUGUCAGCCCGCAAUCUGGACGACACGGGUGUUGUGAAGUGGUGCAGUUGGGUCGACGAUUGCCUGGAAGACUUUGUGAAGCUCAAGCGGCUGCAGCGAAAUGCGGAUGGCUUCCUCGUUUGUAAGGAGGCCAACUUCGCCACCAACAUGCUGGGGGACCGGGGCGGCUUUGCUCUGCUGCGGGUGCUUUUCAAUCACCAAAUCGCGGUGCGCAUCAUCAAGCUCUUUAAGAACCACCUGGGUCGUGCGUUCGCCAGUUCCUUGAUGGACUGGCUCACCCACACGCCCGUGCCCGCCGUGGAGCUCCACCUGUCCCACAACUACAUCCCUCGCGAAGGCGCCGUGGACAUUCUGAAGGCCGUGGCCCACAACCCAGUCUACCCUGCCGAGCACAAAGGUGGGAAUCGGCAACCACUGUGGCUGCGACUGGAGCAGAACAUAGUGGAGAAGCCGGAUGAACUUUUGAAAGUUGCGGAGGAGCAUCUGGCCAAGAUACGGCAAAGAUCGAAGCGAGGCGAAAUGUUGAGCUUGUGCAGUGUGCCAAGAUCCAUCCCGCCAGAUGCGCCCUGCCCCUUGGCGCAGGUGGCCUAUUUGACCAACCAGCGGGAUCUCCGGGUCCGUGUGCCCACGGAGGCGCAGCAGUGGAAGACCGGACAGCGGGAGGCAAUCAGGUGGCGGGUCUCCAUCAGUACGGAGGAGGCGGAGAAGCAGGCCAAGGCCCCGGUGUCAAAGAGUCGACCGGUUCUGACCCGCGAGAACACGGUAGAAAGCUCCGAGGCGCCUGAUGAGCCACAGCAGGCGCCGCCGGUCAGAGAAAGUACCCCAGUUUGGAACGGCCUGCCAGCCUCCGAGCAGCUACAGGCGGCCAAGAAAGCGCCGCCGCAGUCCGUGCCGCCUCGGAUCCUGGCGCGGGGGGAGGACCUGGAGCGAGUGCCGCAGUUCCUGCCAGAGGGCGACAGCGACAGCGACAGCGACAGCGACGAAGCUCCUGGGUCGGGCCCUCCUUUGCAGGUAGGGGGCAUGCCCCCUUUCAACUACGAGGCGCCCAGUAAGGCGCCGCCAGUGAAGAUGCCGCCGCCGGCGGGCUAUGCGGCCGCCCUGCCACCCGUGAAGGCGCCGCCUAUGAAGAGCCUGGCCCCGCCGGAGGCCAAGGCGCCACCAGCCCAGGAGCAGCGCGCGCAGACGGCGUCGGCGCACGUGCCGCCCCCGCCCAGUGAGAAGCCGCCGCCUCCGCUGGACAUGCCGCCGGCACCCCCCGAGCUGGGCUGGACGCCGGAGUCGGCGCAGUUUUUGCCGUUUUCGCUCCUGAGCCCGGCUGCUGACCUUCCCGUCAUCAACCGGUGGACCGACAAGGCGCAGGUGCUGCCCGAGGUGCCCCUCAUCUCCCCAGGGCUUUUGGACAUUGACCCCAAGGCCGUCUUCUGCGAAGUCACGGCUCCGCCGGGCCUGGGACUGCCACAGAUCGAUCCCAAGCAGGACUUCUGCGACUUGCCGCCGGACUUUGACGUCGCUACACUCAAGCGCCUCAACGUGCCCAACAUUGACGACGACAGCGAGGACGACGUGGUGGCGGGAUUCCACCCCGUACUGGGCGAUUCGCAGGAGCGGCACACGAGCAAUCCCAACGAGGUGCCAGAUGACUUCCUUAAGCUCGCCACCGAGCGGCGAUGCGCUCCGGAGACACUGGC